GAACGCAAUUGCCCAACCCGAACGCGACGACGGCUUUCUCUCACCAUCAUCUACUCUCACCCCUUUGCUCGAGGUAUUCGGCGAUCCUCUGGCCGCAGCGCGCAGUUCGAAACCGCGCCGCCACUGUGCUUCUUCGACCUGUUCUCUAUGCUUUCGCUCCAGCGCCAACACAGUCGGUCGGCCUUGGAGUGGCCACAAGAGAUAUGAACACUCUGCGCAAUGGCAGCCAAUAACUAUCCCCAUUACAACUACCAGGAUUAUCAACAAAGCGCCGCUCCUCAGUACUCCGCCUCCCAGACCGCGCCUUCCGCUGCGACACUGGCGCAAAACUCGCGACAGCAGUACCAGCAACCGGCGCCCGCGGCACCCCCCAAAACGGCCGACUACCUCUCGUCAUAUGGGGGUCAGACUUAUAACAACCAGCCCAACGCCUAUUCUUCCGGGCAGGGCAGCACAUGGGCCAGUAGUACUUAUGGCACCAACAGGGAGACCACGAGGGGUGCCGCUGAGGUGCUGAGAAAUAUGAGCAACACUUCGUAUGUGUCCAACACAACGCCUGCAGUCAGUCAAUCAGGAUAUACUGCCGCCAAUCUUGCGACAGCUAGAUACUCGAACGCUUCACCGGCUCCGGCGCAGACGCAACAAAUGCACUCCACGCCCUCUACGCACUCUUACCCGCUGGCCCAGACGCAGGUGCAGACUCAGACGCAACCGCCACAAGCGCACAGUCGUCCCCAUAGUGUCAACGCCAAUCCAAGCCAGACGAGCUCUGCUCGCGGUCUGCCAUCCCCAGCCAUGGCGGCCGGCUAUCCUGCACAGCGAUCUCAGAACACUUACGCUCAGCAACCUCAACGCUCCGCAAGUCCAGCACAGCCCCAAUACAAUCGAACUACUGCUACCGCCGAAGCGAACACGUCAAAUACCCUAAACUCCUCUUCUACUCAGUACUCAGGCUAUGGCAGCAGGCAACUCCCGGAUGUGGCUGCAUCGCGAAGCACGGCUGGCACGCCUGUAUCUGCAUCCUACAGCUAUGCAGAAAGCCAAUCAACGGUUCCUCCUGCCCAGACACCCGCACCCCCAACUGCUACUGAAGCAUACAAUCAGGGUACGGCGACCGUCGACCCUAUGGCGGUGUAUAACCCCUGGCAAGAGUACCAAAGGCAACAGGAAAAGGCCCGGCAGCAAAAAGCGGCUGAGGAUGCGGCGCGUGCAGAAGAAGAACGCAAAAUACAAGAGGAGGAGCGCAAGAAAGAGGAAGAGCGCAAAAAAGAGGAGGAGCGUAAAAGGGCGGAGGAGCAAGAGCGGGCUCGACAAGCUGCCCAAGCUAAACCAAGAAAGCAAAAACAGCAACCAGCUGCGAAUACUGCCAAUGCUUCUACAGACGAUGCUCAAGAGUCUUCAGGUGCUGGCGAAGACCUCGAGGCUGAAAUCAGGGCCAUGAUGGCGAAAAUGAGAGAACUCAACAGCAAAGAUCCGGCGCUUCUAGCUCGUAUAUGGGAAGAGGAAAGGAGGGCAAAAGCCCCUAAGUCACCUACAGCGCAGCCCAAGGCAACUGCACCACCAGCGCCAUCGAAACCUGCCCAACCAUCGACUCAGUCCGCCCCAACUGCUAUUAGCAACCAGCGGAAGAAAGCUGUCCCGAAAGAAACGGCAAACAGUGCAGGCACUUCAAGGACGCAAGCCCGACCGCCUGCUGCAGUGCCUGCUGCACAGCCUGCUACGUUGCCUGCUUCAGUGUCUGUGCCGGCGUCAACCUCACAGCCGCCAGCAACAGUUGCUGGACCCCCAAAACCGUCUGGGAGCACUAUAUGGCCUGCAGAGAAAAUAAAGCAGCUGGCGACUGCGGCUAUGGCAUACCUGAACGGCCAAAACCCCAACAACCCGCUCACGGUGGAAACCAUUCUGGCUAUGCUUGAUAGCAACCCUUCGUAUAUCGAAUUGUGUGAAAUCCUCGAGGCUAAGUCUAUGAAGCUGGAUCGCGCCGUAUUUGCAAAAGCACUGCUGACGGCGGUGCCCGAUGUGAACUCGGCUUCACGGGCUCAAGCACAGCCUCGAACAGCAGCACAACAUGUUCGUGCACCGCUUUCCGCGCGACCUCAGGCUCCGCCCGCUGUUAUUGCGCAUAGGACUGGUGGUCCGGCGAUUCCAAGCCCUCAAUAUGCCCAGGCUCAGUCACCCAUGGACAGAACGUCGUAUCCACCGUUCCCCGACAAUCAAUCCCAGUCGCCCGCGCCGGUUGCUCAGAUGAUACCACUAAAGGCCGAGCUGAAACUACCUGCUAAUAAAGAAGAAGCCGCAAGAAAACGGAGUUUCCAAGAUCUUAUCGACCUGACCGAGGCAGACGAGGAUGAAGACUUGGGAUUGCCUCCAAAAAAGCAGCCAAACCUGGGAUCCAUGUAUUCCUAUGGCUCACCAGCCCCUGCGUUCGACGACGGCAUGGACAUCGACGGAGGCCGCACGCCGACAACCAACUUCCCUGUCGCAGUACCUGUGCCUUCUCAGCCUAGUCAUGCUCCCGCCUUGGAAACGCCCCCACCGGUACCUCUCAAUGACCAUAGACAAGAUCUAAGGCACCGGGUCCUUGUCCAACCUCUAGAAAAGAAAAAGGCGCUGCGACGUAACGGGUAUAACAUCAAGACUAUUGCGCGAGACGUUUUGCUUGCCUGUGGAAGGCAUCCAACUGAAAGAGCACUGAACGCACAUCUUGAGAUCCUCAAGUCGAGUCUACCUUCUAUCACUAAUGAUGCAGACCUGAGCACCUUGCGAUGGGACCUGAUCGACCCCGGUGAGCCGCCCAAGGGAUACUAUAAAGACUCAGGGCAAGCUUUGGCUGAAGACGCGGACGAUGAAGACGACAGCGACGAGGAGCAACGCAGCCCUCCACGGUCACGUGCUACCUCACUAGCGCUUGGCGGACCUGCGGCCCAAGCUCUUCCAGCAACCAACCCCUUCAAAGUCAAAGGUCGACGCGGUCGACCGCCGCGACACUCUUACCCAGGCCCCGAAAGCGACGUUCACCCACUUGCACAAACGCCUGUCCGCUCUGGCAGCUCCAAGGUCCAUGUGACCAUGAGCGCGAGCGCGCCACGACCUACCGCCGCCGGUGUUGGUUACUCCGCAUUUCGAGCCGCCACGGGAAUUGGUCCGGAUGGCAAGCCCUUACCCAAGAAGAAAGGCCGGCCGGUAGGCUGGCGCAAGGCUAUUCACGAUUCUGCGGCUGCACUGGCGCGACCUGCAGCGAAUGGCCACACUGGACCAUACUCCGCGUCAACGCCAAACCGUUUUGUGCCGUCCCAGCCAAGUAGUUUGAGAAACGUCAGAACUGGCGUUGAUGGACCUAUAGAAAUACGUUCCCGUUCGCCCAGCGCGGUACCAAGGGCCGGACGAUACCAAUCAUUCAAAUGCCAGUGGCAGAACUGCAAGGCCGACCUUCAUAACCUCGAGACCUUGAAGAAACACGUCCACAGAGUCCAUUGCAAGAAGACUCUCCGAGGCACUCUGGAAUGCUUUUGGGGCGAUUGCGGGAGAGAAGUCACUAACGUAGAUUCAAUGUCGGGUAUGCGUAUGGAAAGGCAUGCACCUUUGUCCUUUGUGGAUGAAGCCAGCUGGCGUGAACAUCUUGAGCUUAGGCACUUCGGUCCACUAUCAUGGGAGCUUGGAGAUGGACCUGCAAGUGGCCUCUCUGAUGCGAACGAAGUAGACGACUACCUCAGCGAUGCGCAAGGCCGCCGUGUCACGCCCCGGAUCUCCGUGGAUGUAUCACAAUAUACAGGCGGUACCUCGACAACCGGCACCCCUCGCCGUGGGCGGCCGCCAAAACCAAAGACGACAAAGGAGCAGGAGGCUCUUGCGACACAAGAACGUUUGGUGGCUCACAAAAGGCGGAUGGGAGGGCCGGGCAUUGACCGCGGCGGAGCGACGUUAGUGAACGACAAGCGAAGAAGGGGUUUUUCCGAUGACGAUACUACGGAGCCGGAAAUUGUGGACGCGGAAUGAUAUAAAGGGACACCGAAACGGAGGGAUCGUUACUCUGUAGCGGUAUAGCCUGGAGUACAUUGCAUAGCGGGUGUCUUAAUGCUAUCGAGUUUUUGUACCACAGUUUUGAGGGGCGCCUCUCAGUCAUAUGGGAUGAGUGUGAUGGGCCAACAGAAUCACCACCAGAAUAUGAUACCCAGGGCUCCUGAUCUAUAAGGCGGUCCUAGGCCCUUCGACACUCUCAU